AUGCAGCGUGUUCUUCAUGUCACUAUUGCUCAUAUCAAGUUCUUUGAUAAACUUGGGUCUAUUAUGCGUCAGUUCCUUCACCAGAAAAUUUUACCCAUGGCUAGUCUAGCCUCUCUCUGUUUUCCUUGGACACAAGACGAAUUGGGUAUAUUAAAUCCUCAAUUCCAAAUUCCAACAAAAGGCCUUUACCAUGCGAUGGUUAAAGCCCUCUAUAUAUCCACCAGCGUGUUGCUCCUUUUUCACUCCACGGAUACAACACAGUCUUCAUCCUGCCCAAACACACGGCGAUAUUCGACCACCUUUGUUGUUUCCACGUCUGCGACACCAUCAUUUUUUGUUCUGUCCACAAUGAAGCCCAUUCCGCGCAACUUCUCUUUUGUCACUGUUGGCUACUUUAUUUUUGUGAUCCUUCUGGACAGCCACCCUUAUCCCCCCUUUAACAUCCCUCUCUCUACUUGCCCACAAAACCACUGGCUUUCACCUGUUCUUUAUUUGUUGCUGCUCUUAAUCCAAAAUAUGCCCUAUUUAGUACUCUUGGUACCCAUAGUUUUUGUGCUAUAUGCCGCAACCCAUUCAAAGCUCUACUUGCUUCUUUGCCACUCACCCCACGAUAAUGGUGCACCUUUUGGUCAUUUCCUAUCCCUCACUCAUCUGAUAAUAUAUGGUAUCGAACUAUCCUCAAUACCCUCUCAUUCCAAAUCACCCUCUACCACCAUGCCUCUGCACUAUUUGACACUGUACCGUACGAUAAUUAGUAAAUCUCAGCUAUAUACUCUUUAUAGAUUAAAAUCUAAACUCUUAAUCAGUUUACGUGAAUGGAAUAAGAAUUUUUACAAAUGGUUUAUGUGUAUGCACCUUGAACCUUGA